GCCAGGCGUACUGUCGGGCCUCGGAUACAGAGCCGACCCAGUGGCGGAUAAUCAAAGUCUCCGACUCGCGGAUCAAACGGGGGAAAACGGGAAGCGUGGGAGCGGCGGGACGUAGGAACCGCUGCGGCUGGACUGUACUCCGGACCGGAGGUGGACAGUGGGUGGGAGGGGGGCAGAAAUGGAAGCUGAAGCUCACCGGGACUCCAUGUGAAUUUGACUAAUGCGGUGCUGGAAAGUUUUCGGUAGCGCGUCCUGGCCCGUCUUCAAAAGGCACUUCAGCCAGACGCAGCAAGAGCACAUCACAAAGAAUAUACAUCUGGUACACAAUCGUUCUUGUUGAGUUGUAGUCCGUUUUUCCAGUCAGAAACUUUCUGCGAGGUCUUCUGACUUCGGACAGUAAAGAUGCAGAGCAGUAUUUCCCACUCACCACCAGCCAUAGCUGUUGGCACUGGGUGAGGGGUAGAGAAGCCAAACGACAGGAGGAGUAACCAAGGUGGAGAUAUAAGCUAUAAACCAGACGCAACCUUUGAACGGCCGGUCACCUUUCGCUUCUCCCCAACACCUUCCGACGUUGAGCCUGCGAGGCAGGGGAACCGCAUGUGACUUUCAUGGCAGCGGCACUCUAGGGCUGCCAUGGCAGCUGCUGCCGCCGAUGCCUCACACUGUAUUACCGCACUGACGCCGGAGGAAGAGGGACGACGCACUGCCGCCAAGCUGUUUGGGAGCGCCGCCCCGCUGCCACGGACGGAGAGAGAGAGAGACCGGGGGAAAGAAAGGGAAGAGGACGGAGAGAAAGUAGGAAGAGCAAGUGGGAACGAGUGUCUGGUGUGCGGGGCCCUGUUUGUCACGCAGGAGAAGCUCCGGCUCCACACUUCGAGUCACACCGGAGAGAAGCCUUUCCACUGCUCACAGCCGCACUGUCCCAAGGCCUUCAGCUCCAAGUACAAACUCUUCAGGCAUAUGGCCACACACUCUCCGCAGAAGACCCAUCAGUGUUCGUUCUGUGAAAAAAUGUUCCACCGCAAAGACCACCUGAAGAACCACCUGCAGACCCAUGACCCCAACAAAGAGGCCUUCAAGUGUGAGGAGUGUGGAAAGCACUACAAUACCAAGCUGGGAUACAAGCGCCAUGUGGCCAUGCACUCAGCCACUGCGGGGGAUUUAACCUGCAAAGUGUGCAUGCAGAGUUACGAAAGCACACCUGUUCUCCUGGAGCACCUCAAGAGCCACUCGGGGAAGUCUUCCGGUGGCGCCAAGGAGAAAAAACACCCCUGCGAUCACUGUGACCGACGCUUCUACACACGGAAAGAUGUGAGACGGCACAUGGUGGUCCACACAGGGCGAAAAGACUUUCUGUGCCAGUACUGUGCCCAGCGCUUUGGCAGGAAAGACCAUCUGACACGGCAUGUGAAGAAGAGCCACUCACAGGAGCUGCUGAAGAUUAAGACAGAGCCUCCGGAUAUGCUGGGCCUGUUGACCACAGGAUCUCCACCGUGCUCAGUAAAGGAGGAACUCAGCCCCAUGAUGUGCGGCAUGGGGCCCAACAAAGACCCCAUGAUGGGAAAAUCAUUCCCCAGCGGGGCACCCUUUCCCAUGAGCAUGUAUAACCCUCACCAUCUCCAGGCCAUGUCUAAUUCUGGUGUGGGUCCUCCACAUCCUUCCCUAAUGCCCAAUUCCUUGUCUGCAGCUAUGGGCAUAGGCUGUCAUAUGGAAUCCACUGCGUCUAUUCAUCCACACUCCCAUCACCAUCACCACCACCACCACCAUCACCAUCAUCACCAUUCCCCUCCAACGCCCCCGCACCACCAGCCUGCGGCUCCCCAGCAACAGCACCAGCCCCAGCCAGCACCCAAAUACCAGCUGGGAUCUACCUCAUACCUGCUGGACAAGCCCUUGAAAGUAGAGAUGGAGAGUUUCCUCAUGGAUCUGCAGAGUGGUCUACCAGGCCCGGUUCCCUCUGCAGAGCCCCAUGCUGCUGCCUCACCCCCCAAGGAUGGAUUGGAGCCCACUUCAGGCUUGGCCGAUGAGCUUUGCGGGGAUCCCCUCCUGUCCAAGAGCCCUGCAGUGAUCGCUGAGUCUCUGUGUGCUGCUAACAUGGAUUUUUCCCACCUGCUGGGUUUCCUGCCCCUAAACCUUCCUCCCUAUAGUGCCCCUAUGAGCACAGGAGGACUGGUUAUGGGGUACACCUCAUCUGUGACCUCCUCCACUUCUUCCUCUUCCUCUUCAUCUCUGCACGCCGCCGAGCCCCAUGCUGCUGCAGUCGCAGCGGCAGCAGCUGCCGUCGCCACGGCACCUCUUACCUCUUUGCAACCGCAACCUCAGGAGCAGCAGAGCUCCAGCGGGGGUCUAGGCUUUGGAUCCCUGCACCCCCUUCCACCAGUGUUCAGCUCCAGCCUUAGUAACACCACGUUGCCUCGCUUUCACCAGGCCUUUCAGUGACAGAGGCAGCCUCUUCCCUGCCAAGGUGGCCUCCUCCACACCAGCACAAGCUCAGCUUGGAUAUUUCAGGUCACGAUGAACAAGGCCUGAAGGAAAAGUUGGAGAUUUAAGUUUCAAAAUAAAUGCGUAAAUGAACACUUAGAAGCCUUAAAUGAAAGUGCGCACAAAAGCUUUUGAUUGAGCCUUAAAAGGAAGUUGAAACCCCUUUGAGCAAAAAGGAAAAUAUAAGAAAAGAAGUGAAGCAGCUUUUAUUUGGGCUUUUUUCCCCCCCUUAUCCUAUAGAUAUAACAAUGUAUUAACCCAUGUUUUUUUGUUUUUCAUUUACUUCCCCUUUUAUAUUCCCCCUUUUUAGUAGAAUAGAGGGCAGGAUCAGUAGGCCUAAAGGCGUGGUACUGCAUACUUAAAGUAAUAAUAUAAAAAGAAAAAAAGAAAAAAAAAACAAAGAUAAUUUUUAGUGGAGAUUAUCUGUCUUGUUGUGACCCAGAAAAAUAUAGUUUGAAGUGGAAAUUUUGUUUUUACUUUAUUGUUCUGCCCCCAAACGUAAGAACAUGGUAGAAUGUUUCAUAUGUUGAGUUUUGAACCACCCAUGCUAACACUCUGAAUCGUCUCGAUUAGUUCGGAGAGGAGGGAGCUCAGUGGGGAAAAGAGAUGAACGGUAGUUUCUCCCAGACCCGCAAAACAACCCCAACCUCCAAAAUAAGUGCUCUUCAAAUAAUGACACGAGAGUUAGCCUGAUUUAGGAGCAAACACGGAAGAAAUACGUAAGAAAUGAUGAGCUUUACCACAACUUUUUUGUUGUUGUCGUUUCUCAAGAAAAGCACUUUUUUGUUUAACAGAAGGCACUUCGCUUCUCGUCUCCUCCCUCGUACUUUCGUAUAAAAGCCUCUUUGUGCGGGCUAGAAAAAAACUACAGAGCUCUGCGGAACGCCACUUAUUCAGAAGUCGACAUGCACGGUUUACAAAACUGCGUAAACCUUAAACCAGGAGAACAAAUUUUUCAUGCACUCUAUUUCUAAGAUAUGUGCAGACCCUGCAAGAGUCAAGAAACAGAACGAUGUCAGUUCUCACCACAUCAGUUUUGUAGUUUGCGAAAAACUCAAUUGCGUAACUUCCAAGUUGGAAUGACAGCUUUUCUGCAUUGAAAGUGUCUAAAUUCAGGGACUGCAUCCGUCAAAGGCCGCACUUAAAGACCGAUUGCAUCUAAGAGAUGUGACUGUCCAAACGCAAAGACUCCCCAUUUGAAGGACGGGCCGAGCAAAACCUUCGCAGCCCACCCAAUCCCAAGAUGCAUUGCGUGUCGAACGGGAAAUUGUUUGUUCUAACGAUGGCGGAUGAAGCAGGAAAUGAGAGUGAGAGAGGAAUACGAUUUUAAAUAUUUUAAUAUCUGGCGAUAGAAAAUUUAAAAGCCUAAAGCCGUCGUAUUGUUAAUCUUUUGUCAAUUGCGUUGUUUUUAAUAUUUGGGUUUUAAAUAAAAAAUAAUAAUUUAAUUAAUAAACAAGACAAAGAGGUAAUAAAAACGCUAUGUUCAUUUUUACUAGCUUGUGUUUAGCCCUGCUAUUGUUCCUAUGUGACACGGGCAGAGAUAAACCUGAAGGCUGGAGCAUCCGGUAACCGAAGGACCCAGCUUAUGUCCACUGGGAGACUUUCGGAGGACGCAGUCCCUAAAUUUGGAUGCCAACAGAAGGUGCACAGGUUGAAAACUUCUGGUCUGCAUUUGAGACAAAAAUGAGCUGUGAGGUGUCCAGGGCUGGCAGACAUGAUGCAGACAUGAUGCUGAUGUCAUGAUGCAGACAUGAU